GCUUUACUGAUAUUUUUGUGACCCUUCAUUUCUUCUUCUUCUUCUCUCUCCGGAGCUCCAUGGCCACGACUGCCGCCGCCUCCGCCGCCGCGGCGCCCCCCCUGAAAGACCGGGUGGCCAUCGUCACCGGCUCCUCCCGCGGGAUCGGCCGCGCCAUCGCCCUUCACCUCGCCUCGCUCGGCGCCAAGCUUGUCGUCAACUACACCUCCGCCGGCUCCUCCGCCCAGGCCGACGCCGUCGCCGAUGAGAUCAACUCCUCGUCCCCCGGCUCCGCCGUCUCGGUCCGAGCCGACAUCUCGGACCCGGCCCAGGUGAAGUCCCUCUUCGACGCCGCCGAGGAGGCCUUCAAGUCGCCGAUCUACGUCCUGGUGAAUUGCGCUGCCGUCCUCGACUCCAAGUACCCCACCAUCGCCAACACCUCCGUCGACGACUUCGAUAAGACCUUCAGUGUCAACGCUAGAGGGGCAUUCUUGUGCUGCAGAGAGGCUGCAAACAGGCUGAAGCCGGGUGGCGGAGGCAGGAUCAUAAUGUUGUCCUCAUCGCUGGUUGGCGCGCUGAAGCCGAAUAUGGGGACGUACACCUCCUCGAAGGCGGCGGUGGAGACGAUGGUCAAGAUCCUGGCCAAGGAGCUCAAGGGCACACGCAUCACCGCCAACUGCGUUGCGCCGGGCCCCAUCGCGACCGAGAUGUUCUUCGCCGGGAAGACCGAGGAACAGAUCAAUAAGGUGAUCGAGGAGUGCCCACAUGGCCGGCUCGGCGAGACCAAGGAUGUCGCCCCUCUUGUCGGGUUCUUAGCCACCGAUGCCGCCGAAUGGGUCAAUGGACAGGUGAUUAGAGUUAAUGGUGGAUAUGUGUAGGUGGAUUGAUUCAAGAUCAGAACUAUGUCAUUCUCGUAUAGACAGAGUGCCUGAAAAAUGCGCGACCUUUGCUUUUCGAA